GGUCUGCGGAGCACCCAGUUGAGGCGACGCGUUGGCCAUGCCCUCAUCUGAUGGCCAAAAGGUAGUUCGCUGCGAAAUCUCCCCUAGCAGACGUUCGCCGAUUAACGUUUCCCAAAAGAAGAGCAAACCUAGUGCCCGCACGAGCUCGGGAAUGGCCAAGCUCUCCGGCCGGUCCGCGAGCCUCCGUGCGGCGCCGGCCUCCUCCCACGAGCGCAGCAGCUCCGCCUGGAUCUGGGGAGGCGGUCGUGGGUUGUGUGGUGGCCGAUGGGGCGCGGCCACGGGGGGCGCCGCCGGUAUGGAUCAGACGGAGGCCGUGGGUUUCGCCAGAGAUGAGAUGAGGAUGUCUAAGCGACGACGCCGGGGCGAGGAGGGUGAGUCCCGCUGCCAUGACCGCAGCGGCAACAAGCACAAGAGCCUCUAUCUGGUUCUAGACGACUGGCACAGGGGCUUCACCAUCCGCAAGCUUGACGCUGGCAGCCCUGACCUAAGCACCCCUCCUGUCGUCCGGCUAGUGUCACCUGCGCGUAACCUUACCUUUCGAACUCGAAGGCUACUUCGACGCCGAGCUAGAUGCAUGGGUUGGGCUACACCCAGAUGGCUACAUCUGCUCCUGCCAAGUUCCCUCCCUCAGCAGUAGCAGCAGCACAUUGCAGCAGCCCAAAUGGAAGAUGGCCGAGGAGCACAGGAUGUGGAGCCCAUGGCAUCAGUUGGCUAGAGGGCGAGGGCCUACUCUCACCUACAUGGAAACUCCAGGUUUUUCCUUGUUGAUUGUGUGGCUGCCGAUGGUUUAGGUUCCAGGAUGCUUUUGGUGACUCUUGUGGCUGCGUGCUCAACAUGACCACGUUUCGUCUCAGCUACGAUCGUGAGGGAAAUCUGCAAAUCAAAGACAGGAAAACUACCUCCUGUUGCGUGUCUAAGCAACUCUCGUCCUUCUCCCCAGUGGCCUUCUGGAUGUAGCUACAGCCAAGGAAAUUGCUCGUGCUGUUUUUUAUUUAUUUAGCUGUAUGUCAUGCAUACUAGCUAUGUUCAUCGUCCUAUCUGUAAAUUACUCCCUCCAUUUUUCUAUAUACAAGGCCACUUUGUAAAUUGGGUCCAACUUUGACCAUCGAUUUGAGCAACAAAAUAUACAGAAAGCAUUGGCAUAUAACAUAUAUUUUGUUGCUCAAAUUGAUGAUCAAAGUUAAGCCCAAAUUAUGAAAUGGCCUUGUAUAGAAAAACAGAGGGGGUAUGAUUUGAAUCAAUAAAAAGCAAACCGGUUAUUGUGUGGAA